AUGGCCUCCAACCCCCCCGGCAAAUGCUGCUACCAAGGCGUAAAACAUGAAGGAACACCCAAGGGUAAGCUCUCCCAACUGGGUGAUUUCGAAAUCUACACCGUUGGUGAGCCGAGCGAGUACGGCCUCAUAAUCAUCACCGACGUCAUCGGCCACAAGUUCACCAACGCACAGCUUAUUGCGGAUCAGUUCGCCGCGAAUGGCUACUUCGUGGUUAUGCCAGACUUGUUCGAUGGCAAUCCAAUCGAGCUCAACCGCCCUGAAGGCUUCGACAUCAUGAAGUGGCUGGGCGGCGAGUACCACCCCAAGAAGCGCGCUCAUGACCCUCCCCAUGUCGACCCCAUCAUCGACUCAACUAUCAUCUAUUUGAGGGAUCAAGGUGUCAAGAAAAUCGGCGCCGUCGGAUACUGCUUCGGUGGCAAAUAUGUCGUGCGCCAUCUGCGUCCCGACCAGGGCAAAAUCGACGUCGGCUACACUGCCCACCCUUCGUUUGUGCAGGACGAUGAGCUCAAGGACAUCCAAGGUCCGCUCUCCAUCGCUGCCGCCGAGACCGAUGAGAUCUUCCCCAACGACAAGCGCCACCACACCGAGGACAUUCUCAAGGAGCUCAAAUUCCCGUAUCAGAUCAAUCUGUACGCCGGUGUGGAGCACGGAUUCUCUGUUCGUGGCGAUCUCAACGAUAAGAGGCAAAAGUACGCCAAGGAAGCCGCUUUCUUGCAGGGUGUGCAGUGGUUUGACUACCACCUGAAAGGAGAAGAACUGGCUGCCAAGUAA